UAAUCAGUUUUGAAAAGUAAAUGGUUUUUCAAAUAUGUUUAAUAUUAAGUGAACCGCGGUACAGAACGAAUGAAAAAUGUCGGCCUAUUAUCGAGAGUGGUUAGAGAGGCAUUGCAAAGAAGAACAAGCUCUUCUUUAUUUUUCAAUAAUAACAUGUGCAUAUUGCGACGAAGUUUUUAUAAAAAGUGAGAAGAACUAUAUAAGAACAUUUAUAAAACAUUUACACGAUCUUCAUAAACGAACAGAAUUAGAUGGCCAUUCAAGAUGUAAAGAAUUAAAGGAAAAAUUUGAAAUAAAGCAAAAUCAGCUUUUCGUUGGAGUAUGUAAAGAACAAACAUGUAAAUUACAAAUUAUAUUUUUUCGUGGUGUACACCUCUUACAAAACCAUUUAGAAAUAUGUCACGGGAACAGAUCAAGUAUAUAUUUAAAUGUAAUAAGACAAAACAUGAAAGCACAACAUAUUCUGUUGAAUAAUUACUUGAUAACAAGCGACGAUAAGGCGCACUGUCUAAUUUGUAAAGACCAGGUAGACUUAAGCGACUUGGAAUUAGAAACUGAAGAAAUACUUGAUAUAUUACAAAUCCAUUGGGCCAACCAUUUUAUAAAGAUGCAAUGGGACGAUAUAUAUCGAUUAGAACAACUUCAACAACGAGUAGAUAAGAAAUUGAUGAAAGAACAGAUAUCCCAUGAUAUAGAGAAAACCUACUUGGAGUUCCCUUCAGAAGAAAUAAUAAAAAAAUUACAAAAUUUUGACAAGAUAAUAGAAGAAGUCGUUGACUGUCUAGAAUAUUCUAUAAUAAUAUCUGUAUUUAAAAUGAUGAGAAUGUCAGAAUGUCAGAAUUUGGAGCUAAGAUGUAUAUGUUGUUUAAGAAAAAUUAUUGAUAUUGGCCGCAUUCAUAUUAUAAAAAACCAUUGGGAAUUAUAUCACGGAUUGUUUUCUCUGACAUAUAAAGAAAUAAUAGAUAUAAAAAUAGUACGUGAUAUAUUGGAUCAGUACGUCAUAUUGAAUAAUAUAUUAGUGUGCCUCAACUGUAAAGACUUGUUCAAAGUGAAUGCUUUGCUAUUAGACAUUGAAGAACAGCUGGUUAUUUUACUUAAACACUGGCACAUACAUAUUGGGAUAUCUUCAGAUGAUCAAAUAAAACAAGAGGAAUAUCUACGAAAAGAAUUUAGACGAAAAUUAAAUGGAGAAAAAGAAUUAGUCGAUAUGUUGGAGAAUUCUGGAAGGGACGAUCAAGGGCAACAAAGUAGCAAUCGUGAUGAUCCUAGAUCAAAUACUUCGACAGAAUCAAGUGGAUCGAGUAUUUCGAUAGACACUGAAGCUGAUUGUAAGUAUACGGUCAAUUUUGCUCCAUCAAGACAAAGUGAAGAACGACAAAGUACUUCAGCGCAGAGUCCGUCUACAUCAGUUUCUUCAAAUGAUUCACCGCCAGCCAAACAAAGGAAAAAAGAAAGCGAUAAUAUUGAUUUAUCUGAAUAUCAAUAAACUGAAUAUUUAAACAGCAUUAUGGAUUGCAGCAUGAGUAUCGAAAUAUACGAACAAGUAAUAUCUCCAUAUUUGACUGCAAGGGGAUUUGUCAGAAAGAGAAACAACUUUAACAUUCUCUAUCAAGGAAUUAUCAUAAUCGUACAAAUU